AAACAUGAAAUUGUGAAAGAAGAAUGUGAGAAGCUCAUAUCAAUUCCCUUUGAAAGGCCAACACUCAAAAUAGAUAUAUAACAUAAAUAUAUCAAUUCCCUUUGAAAGGCCCAAGACUCCAAAUAUAUAUAUAUAACAUACGUAUAUAAAGAGGAACCAGAAAUUUGAUAAAUAUGCAUUUUAUAUGGUAUUUUCUGUUUUUUUUUUUUUUUAUGGGAUUAGUUUCCAUAUUUUUGUAAUAAUUUAGGAGUAAUACCAUAUUUUAUUUUAUAAAAUUAUAGUGGCUAAUUUUGAAUUUUUUUAAGGGUAUUUUAGUAAUUAUCGUUAUUAUUUUAAUUUAUUUGAUUUUACAGAUGUUGAAAAACGUUUAUUAGUAAUAUAUAUUAAAAAAUCACAAAAAGUUGAUUUCGUGCCUCUUCGUUUUUGCCAUGCAGGUACUUGAGUACCUAUAGCCUCCAUUUUCUACUAGGUUGCUUCCUUCCCACGCUUUAUUUUUUGCGCAUUUAGUGUUCUCAUGUUCUUCAAUCUUUUCGUGUUCUUCAUUUUAUUUUUAGUUUUUACUCUAUAUUGAGAAAUUCGAAUAUUGCCGAUCGUUCGUUGGGUGUUCUACGUGGUGAGUUUUUGGUUACAUCGGAUACUUAAUAUUUUUCUAAUUUGUUUGGAUAUUGCUUUGGAUUUUUUUUUUUCACUUUAUAUUAGUUUGUUUCAACUUUAAUUUUUUUGCUAGUUGUGGGCAGUUGAUUUUGUAUCACUGUUAAUGAGGGUUUUUCAGUUUCAAGCACAUUUUGUUUGUUAGUUUUUAAGUGGGAAAUUUUUGGCUGGUUUUUAUUCAGUUUUUCCUUUAUGUUUUUAAUCACGUUUUUGUUGAUUUUUUUACUGAGAAGUUUUUGGUAGUUUUUUUUUAUUCUGUGCAAUACAUAUAUAUGUUUUUCACUUUGGAUUUUUUUUGUUUGUAUAUUACUUCUGUAGUGCAUUUUGCAUUUAAGUUCAAUCAACACUGAUGGAAUAGUCGGAGUUAGUUCCUAGAGGUAGUGAUACUAGAGUUGGUGAAGUUGGUGGUGCAUCUGUUUCUAAGAAUAUUGCUCAGAAUGUGUGAUGCUGAGAAGAAAUAUUCUGAAGAUGUAGAAAAUUCUUCCAAGGUCGCUGGCGUUGGUGAUGAGAUUGGUGAAGUCUAUAGUAAGGAAGAAGAGUAAAUCUCCAGCAAAUUUCAAACAAAAGAGUAAAUCUUCUGCAUAUGGAAGUAAUAAGGUUAAAUUUGAUGCAUUGGGAAGUAAAUAUGGUAAAUCUGAUGCCACUGAGACAAAGCAUGUUGUGGCUCAUUUAAAGAUCAGUCCCUCUAAGAGGUUUGGAAGUAAAGCUCAAAGUUUCAAUGACAAGCUUGUUAUUACGAACUUGAAAAAAAAAUUCAUUGCAAAACAAAAAGAAAUGUUUAAGAAGACGCCAUUUGGGCACUUCUUAAAUGUUUAUGAUAUUUAUUUCCAAACCCAACUGGCACAACUUGUUUUGUUGAGAGAGGUUUAUCAUGAGAGGGCGGAUGAGGAGUUUGCCCUUGUUAUAGGUCUUAACUGCAAUGAUAUUUCUGAUUUAACUCUUUUUCAUACAAAGAAGAUUGCUUUUAAGAAAAAAAAUAUUUGGUCGUUUUAGUGGUAAAGUGUCAAAGGUAGAAUUGAAUAAUGCUUUCAAUAGUGAAGAGUGAGGAGUUAUCUGUUAGGAAACUACUUGUAUGGCUAUACCUAUUGUACCGUAAAAGUAAUCGUGGAUUCAAUCACUCAGCUAGGGUUACAACUGUCAAAAUAACACAUGGAAAAACCAGGCAAGUAGAACAUCUAGCUAACGUUGAUGUAAGCAGCUCGAGUUAGGACUUGGCAGAUCGCCUUGCAGGACAAUAAUCCAGUUUGAGACAUGUAUUGACCAAAUCACCUUUAGGAUGCUCUGAACUUAAUCCGAACUAAAAUUCGGACACUCUUCGAUCACCAGCUCGAUGAAGAUGUUCAGCUCGUGGAGACUUGGUCAUGACGCACAGUGAAUGUUCCCAAAAGGCUUAGAGGCUCUUUAUACGCUCAUUAAUGUCCAGACUGUAUUAUACAUUUAUUGUUCGAGAUAACGAGAGUAAUUUCCAUAGAAAAUCGUAUCCCUAUAUAAAUGAGAAUUAUCUUGGUUGAUUGUUUACCAUAUUUAUGCACACGGUUACCCAAACCUGUCCUGGAAUGUCCACUAUAAAUAUUAGGGAUAAUGGACAGGAAAAUGGACCACUUUUUGUAAUACAGAAACUCUGUAGAAAUUGUGAGAGAAUAAUAUUGUCUCGUGGACUAGGUGGAUUUUAACCACUAAACCACGUAAAAUUGUGAGUGUGAGAAGUUGUUCAUAUAGUUCAUUACGGUUU